CCCAAAUUUCCUCUCCUUCCUCUUACGCUUACUCCAGCGGCUGCUUCCGGUCCGUUGCCAUUUUGAUUUUCUCGAUCUUCAGUAGUUCGGUGUCUGCUGCAUGGGUAUCACACCGAAAUAUUCUUCUUCCUCCUCCGCCAACGACGGAGCAACCAUCGCUGCCACCGCUUCCCACUCCUUCGUUCUCGGGCACGCUGCCUGGGCUUCCAGAUCUGGAUUCUAAACUUCGAAUCUCCUGGUGCUCUGGUUCCCUUUCGUCUUCCAUUGUCAAAAGUUCAAUCGUUGUGUUUUGUAUUGUGUAUUUCGGAAAUCUGAUUAAUGGCAUUUGGAUUGUCUUCCAUGAGCAUCUUCAAUAGCCACUGCAAUCACCUAAUUGUAUCACACACAAGUACCAAAACUAAUUGUCGUCGCAAUUCCAUCUCUGUAGCCAACUAUCCCUGUUUUCUCUCUUUGAUUCGGAUACAACAACCUGUUACAUGUGCUAGAAAGACUGGACGGCAAGGGAGCUCUCAACCAUCAAGAAAAUUGAUGCUUGAGCUAGCAUCCAUGGUUGCACUGAAUCUCAAUAUCUUGCCACAGCCGUUAAAUUCUCUUAUUGGAGAAUUUGCCCAAAGUGAUGGAAAUGGGAUUUUCUUGGAACUUCAGAAAGUUCUUAGAGGGGGAGCUUUGAAUGGAUGGAGAAGGAAAAAGCAAUCAAGUAGAAAACUAUCUGGGUUUGUUUGUGUAUUAAUCUGUGGUAUGGGACUAAUGUGUUGGAAAAUUUUGGGGUUAGACAUGUUUCUGAAGGUCUCAUGUUUUUUCUUUGUCGGACUUUCUAUGAUUCAGUUGUGGCAAAGGAAAGCAUUCAAGGAAUGGAUUUUAGGUUUUCUCUUCGGAAUUGUUUUGCUGAGUUGCUAUAUGGGGAAAGAGGAGAUGAAAUUUUGGGUUGCAAGGCUUAAGAUUCCUUCCUCAGCGGCACAAAUUGUAACAAAACAUAGAAAUAGAAGUAGAAGAAAGUGCGGAAAAGCAUGGUAAAGCAAUGAAGCUAUGGUAUUUUUUCCUUGGACAUUCCAUUUCACUUUUUAACAUCUGCAUUCUAUUUGUUCAACCAGGCCAUUAUUGAUUUUUCCAUAGUGGAAAUUAUUUGA